AUGGCGCCACGUCCGGAUCGCCCUCCCUACGAAGCUGGCGUGCCACUUGAUGGGGGAGGAAAUACUUCCAACCUGGCCGGCAGCCCGUCCUCGUUCUCACCCACCGGCCUGGAGAUUGGCCUGAUAGUCGGUGUCAUAACCGUUGUCAUCCUCAGUCUUCUUUGGCUCUUUGUCUGGCGAUCGCGCAGGAUUCGUGCCGCUAAGAAUGCCGAGGCCGCUGCUGCUUCCACCCGUUUUGACAACGAUGCGACCGACGCGCAAGACUCGAGCGCUCCAGCACCGCUCCCCAAGGAUGAUCGCACGAGUACUGUCGACACUGACGAAGUCUCCUCCAUUGAGCGACCUCCUCCUAGUCGUCGACGCCCUGUUGUGGACUGGAACCAUUGGGUCCACCCGACCCAGCGCAACACUGUCGAGGAACACGAGAUAGCAAACCGUGUCUGA